UGUUGUUAUGUCUCCUGCUUUGAGACUUUGCUCUGACGAAGGGCUAACGCUUGAAACGUCAAACUCACAAACUUGCUACGACCGCUGUUCAAGGGUAACGCGGGCUGUGGGUACGAGAUUUCUUCAGUUAGAUAAAUAACUAAGAAUACCUUUCUACUUUCAGAUGUUCAAACGAAGGAUCUAUCACCGUUUUCAUUCAGCCCUUGCUUUUAUGGUCUUUGCUCUACUUCAGCAAUGUCAUUUGACAAACCCAUCGGAGGCUUGUGUUCCAUCAGCUUCCUGUUCUUGCUCCACUGACUUCAACAACAGGAUAAAAGUAACAUGCCAGGUCGAAAGCUUGACCGAUUUAACUUUGUCAAUCAGCAAGCCAGAAGAAGUGCAUCAGCUAAUUAUUACCGGUAUUAUCAGCCCUAGCUUGCCAGAAAACGCAUUUAUCAACUUCAGUAACCUGGCUAUAUUAUCUCUGAGGGGAAACAAUCUUCGGUACAUCUCAAAUCAGUCUUUUAACAGUCUGCUUCAACUUUCCGAACUGUAAGUGAAGACUGUUUUUGAUCGAGAUUCAUUUUGUAGUAUGACGUAUUAGAAUAGACACUGUACAGUUAGUCUAGACCUAUAUGAAAAGGGAUCGAUAGAUUUUUAUUAAAAAUUAAGACAGGAAAAUAGGACACAUGCAGUUCAUGGUAUGUUCAUAACAAUGAAUCAAGGCUGAUAACUACAUAGAAAGCUUAAAACGGGACAAUGACGUGAUAGAGUCCAAACUGAAAGCCAAGAAUUGCAACCGUGGACAGCUGUUUCGACCUGGUUGGGCUCGUCAGCAUGGUGUAGGAACAAAAAGUAAAGCAACCGGCUGGUUGACCGAUCGUCUACUAAAUGCACAUGGUAAUGGUCUCAGAUGAAACUCAAAUCCAAACGUUUGCGGAUUGGCCAAUGGCACAUGCAAAACGCCUGACCCCCGACAAUAGACAGAAUCCAGAAUAUCACCCUUGCUUCAUUGUUAUGUUUCUAUUUUUGGCUGAUCAGAUCUUUCACAGAUCCUACGUACACCAGCACCAUUUUCGUUCGCGGUCCCUUGAAUCAUUGUAUUACGUGGUUUGUACGUGGUUUGUACGUAUUACUAAAUAGUACGCAACCAUGCUUGUAGAUAUUGAGAUAAGUAUUUUCUUCAACUAAACAUAUUUCAUAGCUACCACGUCUAUCUUUAAAGGGAAUAAAUAGUAUCUUUAUGUGCAAUGCUGCAAGUGAGACCAAGAACACCAGAUCAACUACUUCCCCACAACGGCACAAAAUAAAGAUAAUGUUUUUCACUAUUUGCAGGGACAUUGGGGAUAAUAAGCUCCAAGAGUGGAAGGGCGACAUCAUUCAUCAAAUGCCAUCCUUAACCACUCUGGAUAUCACAGGAAAUACCAACUGGACGAUGACUGAAAACAUCCUGAGCCAUAAAUCUCUUCGGGUAAUUAAAGGUGCAUCAAUAAGUGCGAACUGCCCAGUUUGCCGUCUUGAUCGAACCUAUGAUGUAAGUGAAAUUUCUGAGGGAAACGAAGGAGCUAUCAUACAAAAGGGCUGCAUCAAACACAAGUACAUUUUCAGCAAAAAGAAUCAAAAGUUAACAAAGCACCAUUUCUUCCCAAAGUGCAUUGUUCAAGAGACUCGUUGCCUCAAAGCCAUUGGUCGCGUGGAGACGUAAAACAUUUGUUUAGAAGUAGGAAGAAGUAUCUUAAUUUCUGCCUUCCCCAUUGGAAUAUUUGCUUUUUUUCUUAACCUGAUUGUUCUUGCCGUCAUAAUAAUUAACAAGAAUUUAAGAUCAAACACCUCCUUACUAUUAGUCUCCAGCAUGUGUGCAAGUGGUGUUAUAAGUAGCGUUUACGCAGUCGCUAUAGCAACCGUAUACCAGAUUGUACCAGUGAAUGAAAUUGAGAGUAAGCGUGUCUCCAUAUGCCCAUCACUAGGAUUUAUAGCCACGCUUUCAGUGUCGUCCAUGGUAUUGAUAUCCCUUGCGGUAACAAUUGAACGGUAUUUGGCUGUUGUCUUUUGCAUGAAACUUCACAUCCGGCUGCGUGUCAAGCACGCGUAUUACUGCUUAUUGUUUACUUGGCUAAUUGCAUUGUCAAUGGCGGGGUGGUCAGUUGUUGAAACCAAUAUCUAUAGCACCAAAGGUUAUGAAACUUACAUCUGUCUUUCGAUUCAGAGUGUCUUGGAAAAGAAAUAUCUUGCGUACACCAUAACAUCAAUUAUUAUAAGUGCAAUAGGUUAUUUACCAACCAUUCCGCUUUACAUCCAUAUCUUUGUGGUGGUACGCAAGUCUGGCAGCCAAUUUGGCAUCAAGAGGGAAGCAAAACUGGCUCGAAGGAUUUUUCUGUUAGUUGGGAGUAACCUAUUGUUUAUGGCAGUACCGAUGUGUUUAUCGCAUGUUGCUAUAGCAACAGGGGAAAUGGGAGGCUUCUCUGAAAAAUCGAGGUUUAUUGUGGUAACCUCUACAAAAGUCAUCUGCAUGUCGACUAAUGCCUUGUUAAAUCCCAUAUUGUACGGCUGCAGAAAUGAUAAUUUUGGAAAGGCAUUGAAGAAGAGCUGGAAAUGGUUUAGCAAACGAAGAGGAAGGAAUAGACUGAUGGAUCGUGAAGAUACACGUCACAAGAGUGAUAAGUGCCAAAAGUCGCAAAAUUGCUCAACACAAUUGUGAAAUAGCGUUAAGCCAAAGUAACGAUCUCCCAAAAGUAUCGACCUCAUGUUGAAAAAAGCUGAUACAAGAAGCUUUAAACGUACCAAUCUGAUCUUAUGUUUGAAAGUGAAUAACCUUUAUUCGAAACUAAUUUGUUACUCUGUUCUGUCACAAGUUUUAGACUUGUUAUCUUUUGACGUUUAUUUAAAAAUAUUACAUUAUUUCGUGUAGAUGAAUCGACGCAGAUACGGCACACGUAUAAUUUACCCGAAAGUUGCACCGCGCCCUGAAAUUUCCGACUCUCCCAAAGUAUCAAUGGUUAAAGACUGUUAAAUCCGAAAGUAACGAGGGUUGCUACUUUCAGAGCUUUACUUUAAUGAAAGUGGCAGUGAUUAACGCGCUGCAUUAUUCGUAUAACGUUAUUUCUGACUUUUCUUAAUACACCUCACUAUUCUUCUUGGCCAUCUAUUGUUAUUGUAAAGAGAUGUUAUAUACUUGUUAUAUGGAUGAAAAUAGAUGUUGCUUAGUCUUUUAAAAAAAAUAAGCUAAAACACGCAA